AUGCGCUGGAAUCGGUUUUCGACAUGGCUUCGCUUUGACUUCGGGGCCUCUGCAGAAGGCGAACCAGCCUUGCGUUUGUUAUUGGCGGGCACAGGCGAUGCUGCGGGAAGGGUGUGGGAAGAGUCGCUGGUGGAACCCUUGCGCUCGGACGCAGCAGAUUUGGACUCUUUUUCUGACUCGGAAUCGGAGCUGUCAGAAGAGCUCGAAUCGCUGUCGGAUGAGCUUGAGGAGCUGUCGGAGGAAGGCGUGGCUGCUUUCUUUCCACUCUUCUUAGCCUUUGUCUUGGUCGACUUUGCGUCGGCUUCGCUUUCGGAGUCGCUGGAAUCGCUGGAGUCGCUGGAGUCGCUGGAGUCGCUGGAGUCGCUGGAGUCGCUGGAGUCCGAAGUGCUAGAAGCAGCUGAAGAUGAUACUGAAGCAGCC